AUGGCCAUUAUAAGUGCAACUGUUCCUUUUGAGUGGAAAAUAGCAAGAGUCACUCGCAUAUUUAAAAACGGCCCACGAAACUUAUUAAACAACUAUCGCCCCAUUUCUAUCCUCCCUGUAGUAAGUGAACUUUUUGAAAAAGUAUUAUACGAUCAACUCCAUGAGUUUCUUGUUACACAGGAGUUAUUGUCCCCUCGUCAAUUUGGUUUCAGGAAGUUUCAUUCUACAGCCUCUGCUCUUUUAGAUAGUACAAAUGAAUGGUUUAUUAAUAUGGACCGUGGUUUGUUUAAUAUAGCUGUUUUUCCUGGACUUACAAAAGGCGUUCGACACCAUAGAUCAUGACAUCCUCUUAACGAAACUUGAUCUUUAUGGCCUACAGAAUCCAUCAUUAAACCUCUUAGGAUCCUAUUUAACGAAUAGAACCCAAAUGUGCUCCGUCAAUGGCGCUCUGUCGGGCACGAAGUUGGUUACAUGUGGAAUCCCUCAAGGUUCAAUUCUUGGCCCGCUCUUAUUCUUGAUCUACAUUAAUGAUCUGCCUAACAGUUUAGAGUACUCGUCGACAAGAAUGUUUGCCGACGAUACGACUCUAACUGUAUCUGGCAACUUGGCAAGUCAAUUCAAGAUGUAG